AUGGCGGACUGCAUGCAGGAGUGGCCGGAGCCGAUUGUGCGCGUGCAGGCGGUCGCGGAGAGCGGCCUGGCCGCCAUCCCGGACUGCUACGUCAAGCCGCCGCGCGACCGCCCGGCGCAGCAGCACCUGGCCGCCGGCGGCGACAACGUCCUCCGCGAGCCCUCCGACGACAGCAUUCCGGUCAUCGACCUCGGCGAGCUGCUCGCGGCCGGCGAGGGCCGCAUCGACGGCCUGAUCACCGAGGCCGUGGCGGCGGCGUGCCGGGACUGGGGGUUCUUCCAGGUGGUGAACCACGGGGUGGCGCCGGAGCUGAUGCGCGCGGUGCGGGAGGCCUGGCGCGGCUUCUUCCGGCUGCCCAUCUCGGCCAAGCAGCAGUACGCGAACCAGCCGCGGACGUACGAGGGGUACGGCAGCCGCGUCGGCGUCCAGAAGGGCGGGCCCCUCGACUGGGGGGACUACUACUUCCUCCACCUCGCGCCGGAGGCCGCCAAGAGCCCGGAUAAGUACUGGCCGACCAACCCCGCCAUCUGCAAAGAGGUGUCGGAGGAGUAUGGGCGGGAGGUGACGAGGCUGUGCGAGGUGCUGAUGAAGGUGCUGUCGGCGAGCCUGGGGCUGGAGGAGGCGAGGUUCCAGGAGGCGUUCGGCGGGGCGGAGUGCGGCGCGUGCCUGCGCGCCAACUACUACCCGCGGUGCCCGCAGCCGGACCUCACGCUCGGCCUCUCGGCGCACUCCGACCCGGGCGUCCUCACCGUGCUCCUCGCCGACGAGCACGUCCGCGGCCUGCAGGUCCGCCGCGCCGACGGCGAGUGGGUCACCGUGCAGCCCGUCCGCGACGACGCCUUCAUCGUCAACGUCGGCGACCAGAUCCAGAUAUUGAGCAACUCAGUGUACAAGAGCGUGGAGCACCGGGUGAUCGUGAACGCCAAGGAGGAGCGCAUCUCCCUCGCGCUCUUCUACAACCCCAAGGGCGACGUCCCGAUAGCGCCGGCGCCGGAGCUGGUGACGCCGGACCGGCCGUCCCUCUACCCGCCGAUGACCUUCGACGAGUACAGGGUGUACAUAAGGAAGAACGGGCCCAGGGGCAAGGCGCAGCUGGAGGGCUUCAAGGGCCAAGCCGUCCCUGGAACUGGAAAUAAAUAA